AUGAGCAAUACUUCAAAGUUUCAACAUUUAAAAUUAUAUUUUAGAUUGAAGCAUGAAGAAGAUGUUAUUACAAAAUCAGUUGAAGCUUUUAUGAUUAAUUCUAAAUGUCUUGAUCCAGAGUUUUGGGAUAAUUUAAAACGACAUAUUGCCAAAUUUGAAAAUGAAAGGCAAAGGUUAGCUGAUUCAUUGAAAGAAACAAUAACAAAUAUGUAUGAGGAAUUAAAAUCAGUUAAAGUUGUCAUAAGCAAAGCAAAGGAUGAGAAAAUUGAGCUUGGCACUUUUAAGAGGAAGUUGCAAUUCUUAUGGAAAAAAAUUCAAGAACUUAAAAGUUUGUGCAAUAAUUCUAUUAAUACUUUGGCUGGAGAACAAAACAAUAUAAAUGCAGAUUUUAAUGCAUUAGAGGGAAUUGUUAAUAGACAUAAAAAUUUUAAUUCUUCUGGUGCUUGUCAUCAAAAGAAUUUGCAGUUCAAAGAAAAGCAUGAAUCUCCAAAGGAAUGUGAUUACAAUCAAGUUAAAGACUUAUGCAGUUUAUUAGCGAAAACAGGCCACACUGGUAACUGGAGCGAAGAUGAUCACCUGCUCUUUCUGAAACUACGCAAGAAGCAUAAGAGCGUUGCAUCUCUGGUGUUGUCGAUUCAAGCUAAGUGCCCAGAUUUAACUAAAGAAAAUAUCAUCAAUCACGAGGCGUGGUAUAAGACUUAUUUGGAAUUACGUAAGAAGCAGAAACUCAAGCUUGAGGAGUGGCGUAAAUGCAAGCGAACAGAGCAGCUUGGAAAAGUUACUAAGGUAGAAGAGACUCGACAGGUGGUGAUCGCUGAUCGUUUACUUGAUCAUCCUGAACAUAAAAAGGCAAUGGUUGAAAGGAAGAAGGAGAUGGUGAGGCAAUGGAGAGAGCAAAGAGAGACGUUGCAGGCCGUAAAUGAGGAGCAGUUAAGAAAGUGCCUCCGAGCGAAAAAGGAGAUUAAGGAAAAUCGAAGACGAGCUCGGGCUAUGAAGCUUAAAAAGCUCAUUAUUCAGUCUAAAAAUAAUGAGAUCCUCGUAGAGAAAGAAGAUCCUACCAAAUGCAACGGCAUUGCAUAUCCGUCAUUUAUGUCUAAUUUCCUUUUGCAUAUGUAUAGGUACUGUUUAUUGUUCGAACGUCCAUUUUCAUCCUUUAAAACAUGUUUGAAAUUAAAUAUAAGAAGGCUUUCACAACCAAUCAAAUACAAAUUCUUUAAAAGUAAAGAAUCGACAUUUCUCAAAGAGACAAAGGCUUUUCAAGCAAAGCAUGAAAAAAUCGAAGAAAAAAAAACGGAAACUUUCUUUUAUAUUAAAGAUUUGCCAACAAGAAUAUGUGUAAGUUGGAAAAGUUACGAUGUUCCUGAAUCUUACAGACAAAGGUAGCAAAUAUAAGGAUUAAAAAUAUUAUAUUAAUUAAAUGUA